AUGGCCACGAACCCUGAAGCCCCUGAGCUGGGCAAAGAUGGCGCCGGUUCCAUUGCUAUUACCGUUGAGUUCACAGGAGGUCUAGAGAUUCUGUUUGCCAACGAGCGCAAACACCACGUCACCCUACCUUCGCACCUUGACGACGGCAGCCGGCCAACUAUCAGCUACCUCCUGGGUCAUCUGGUGAAGAACUACAUGAAGGAUCAGAGGCAGGAAUUGUUCAUUUUGGAAGGCAACGUACGACCGGGAAUCUUGGUCCUCAUCAACGACGCUGAUUGGGAGCUCGAAGGCGAGGAGAAUUACGAGCUUCAGCAGAAGGAUAACAUUGUCUUCGUUUCUACGCUUCAUGGGGGCUAG